AUGUUUUUCAGACAGCUCACCGACACGCUCAUGGCUGGUGUGGGUCGCCUACAGGAGCUUGGCGCAAAUGCCACAGCGAAGUCGCUGUCCGAGCUUGUCAGUUCGUUCCCCGGGCUGGACCAGGUGGCUGAGCGAGCGCAGGAGAUCCUGAUCGAGACAGCGCCAGAUUACGAGUUUGCGAGCCAUGUACUUCAACGUGUGGGGCCCCUUCGUCCAGAUCGGCUGCGGAGCUUGCAAGGGAGACGGCCUCGCGCAGGCUCGUUGAGGUCAUCUGUCUGGGUGCGGGAGCUGAUCCGCAAG